GGAAGUCGUGUUCACCUCGGGGGAGUUGGACAUGGAGCACCAGGAGAGGACACCCGUGCCCAUAUUUACACAAGUGGACAGGGACGUUUUUCUGCGAGACAUCUGUCCAGAGCGCAGACCUGCCGUGCUCAGAGGUGUGUAUCUUGGGCCAUGCCUGGAGAAGUGGACUGUUGAAUAUCUCAGACUGAGAGGAGGAGACAAGGAAGUGAAGAUUCAUGUAUCCACAGUACCACAGAUGGACUUCCUUCACAAGAACUUUGUGUACAAGACUCUACCGUUCAAUGAGUUUGUGAAAAGGGCAUCUGAGAAAAAACACUCAUCCUUUUUCCUGUGUGAGGAUGAGAGCUAUUAUCUACGAUCACUGGGAGAGGACGUCCGAAAGGAACCUGCUGACCUGAACAAACAGUUCCCGCACUUGGCAGAGGACUUUUCUAUCCCACAGUUCUUUGAACCUGAGCAGUUCUUCUCCAGUGUUUUCCGUAUCAGCUCCUGUGGUCUGCAAUUGUGGACACACUACGAUGUGAUGGACAACCUGCUGGCUCAGGUGACAGGGAUGAAGAGAGUGGUCCUCUACAGCCCCCAGGAUGCAUUGCACCUUUACCUGUCAGGUGAUAAAUCUGAGGUUCUGGACAUCGAUUCCCCAGAUCUGAAACGAUUUCCUGACUUUGUAAAGGCAAAGCGGUACGAGUGUGUGCUUGAGCCUGGAGAUCUGCUCUUUAUCCCUGCCCUGUGGUUCCAUAACACCAGUGCACUGCAGUUUGGUGUGGGUGUGAACGUGUUCUGGCGCCAUCUACCUGCUGACUGUUAUGACAGAAAGGACCCUUACGGUAAUAAAGACCCAUUGGCCGCAACUCGAGCCCUUCAGGCACUGGAGAGGGCACUACACACUCUGGAGGAACUUCCAUCAGAUUAUCGGGACUUUUACGGGCGCAGAAUGAUUCAGCGCAUUAAAACACGAACUUACUGUGACAGUCUAUCGGCCACACAGACAAAGGAGGACUCUGACAGUACAUUACCCAGCAGGCAAUUCACCAAACCUGGAUGAGUGUGUAGUAUAUUACCUAUGGAGCCUUUGUCCUCUUCAUGUGUUCAUUUGACUUUUUGUUCUAAUGUUAAUCUUGAGGAAUGUAUGGAACUUUCAUUUCAGGUCUAUCAAAAAUAAAACUGCGUUAUAUCUCUUCA